CUCACCCCAGCAACAUGGACAAAUACGAAGACCUGGGCCUGGAGGCCAGCAAGUUCAUCGAGUACCUGAACAUGUACGAGGCCUCCAGGGACGGCCUCUUCCGGGUGGACAAAGGGCCCAGCAACAACCCCGAGUUCGAGGAGACCCGGAGGGUGUUCGCCACCAAGAUGGCAAAGAUUCACCUCCAACAGCAGCAGCAGCAGCAGCAGCAGCAGCAGCAGCUCCUCCUGGACAGCACUCUGCCCAGGGCCAGCAGCCGGGCCUCCAGCCACAGUGGGGACCUCCUGGCCACCACCCCAUCCCAUCGUGACCCCUCAGUGGCGGGCAGAGGGGUGACAGAUGGAGCCUCCAAGCCCCCGCUGGCUGCCCCCACGCUUGGGGUGACCCCCGCGGCAGCCUCUGGGCAGCCUUCUUACCCGGGCCAGGAGCAGAGGGCCAGGCCGUGUGUCCAGACCACCUGGCCGGGCAGCCAGGAACGGGAUCCUCACCAAGGCCCCCCAAAUGCUGAGCCGGGACCCUGCCAGGACCCUUCCUGCCUUACCCAUGGGGACUAUUAUGACAACCUAUCCUCCACCAGCCCCCCGUGGGAUCAUCAGCCAGGAGUGACCCCCAGUUUGGGCUCAGGGAAGGGAAGUGGAUGGUCUGAUCCCCCCCUACCCAGGCCCACCCGGGAGCAUCACCAGCACCAGCCUCCGCCCUCUCUGAUGAGCCCCAGCAGAUCUUUCCAGAGCGGCCUGGGUGGGCAGGAUGGAGCUGGUCGCCACGGCCAGAAGCCCGCCGGCCUGUGGGCCACGGCCUCCUCUCAGAGGAUGCACUCCACGCUCCCCCAGCCAGGCUUGGAGAACGGGGCUCCAGCGCAGCAAUCCAGGAGCGCCCCUGCCUCAGUUUCCCCCAGUCAAGGAGACCUUCUGAGAACCAACCCCGGGCCAGGAUGUGAAGUGUCAGGACCGGCAUCCAAGUCCACCACGGCGGCCCCUCAGCCCUGGCUGCGAGAUCGGCCCCCGUCUUACCUGUCCAGUUCUGCUCCCUUAACUCUGCCAGCUGGCCCCGAGAAUCCCCAGCCGGAUGGGGUCCCAGGGCUGGGUCCUAAACCCCAGUGUCCAGACCUUGGCACGGCUCCGAAACUCGGUUCCACCAAUCCCGUCGGUCCGGUGAUGUCCACUCAGCCCGAUUUAUCUCAGCCAGAGAGUCCUUCCAAUUGGUCCCCUGAGGGUCCUGGAGGAUCUGUCCUCUCUAAGAGUUCAAGUCCCUCCCGGGUGAGACUGCCCUGUCAGACCCUGGUCUCCAGCUCCGAGCUCGGACCUUCUGCUGUAGAAUUGAAGCUAGAAGCCCUCGCCCAGCGACUAGAGCAAGAGAUGGAUGCUUACCCAAAGGCCGAUUAUUUCGGAGCCUGUGUGAAAUGCAGCAAAGGAGUGUUUGGGGCUGGCCAGGCCUGCCAGGCUAUGGGAAAUCUCUACCACGAUGCCUGCUUCACCUGUGCUGCUUGCAGCCGGAAGCUGAGAGGAAAAGCCUUCUAUUUUGUGAACGGCAAGGUGUUUUGUGAGGAAGAUUUCUUGUACUCCGGCUUUCAGCAGUCUGCUGACCGGUGCUCCCUGUGUGGCCAUCUGAUUUUGGACAUGAUCCUGCAGGCCCUGGGAAAGUCCUACCACCCGGGCUGUUUCCGAUGCGUCAUCUGUAACGAGUGUUUGGAUGGAGUGCCUUUCACUGUGGACUCGGAGAACAAGAUUUACUGCGUCCGAGAUUAUCGCAAGGUGUUGGCCCCCAAGUGUGCAGCCUGUGGGCUCCCCAUCCUUCCUCCUGAGGGUUCUGAUGAGACCGUCCGCGUGGUGUCUAUGGACAGAGAUUACCACGUGGAGUGCUACCACUGCGAGGACUGUGGUCUAGAGCUCAAUGACGAAGAUGGGCACCGCUGCUACCCGUUGGAAGACCACCUGUUCUGUCACAGCUGCCAUGUCCAGAGGCUGGACACAAGCCCCUCAUCCGCACCCCUCCAUCAGCACCACUUCUAGCCAGAGCCAUUUGGUGGGCCUGGGCCAGGGCUGUACCCGGUGUAGAAAUGGGGUGCAGGGAAGAGGAGGGGAGCGGUGGGCAAGCAAGCCCUCACAUGGGGGGAAGGGGUGCCUUGAUUUUUUUUAGCCAGGGAGUUGGGCAUUGCCUGUCCUGGUACAUGUGUUUUCCAAGCGCUUUUGCUCCAUUGCCACACCCCCAGUCAGAUGACUCAGGUAGAUUCUACAGUGUGUGUGUGUGUGUGUGUGUGUGUGAUCUCUGACCUGCGAUUGCACCCCAUGUGGCUCUUCUGGGGAGCAGUUUACAACCUCCUAGGGUUGGGGAGAGAGAUUUGCAUUGGUGCCUUUUGUGAACAUCUCCUGUAGGAGACAGCUCAGAUGCAGAGACAGUGGAUCCUUUUCCUCCUUUAGAAAAACACCUGCACUCACUUCCUGCAUUCCCCUCCCACGCCCUCAUCCACACUCACCCCAACUGUGACUUCUUAGGACCCCCAGAGCUUUUAGCUCCUCUGAAAAAUGGCCGUGGACUUUUCAACUGCCCUUGUAGGCUAGUUCUCACAUGGCGCUUUGUAUUAAGCCAGAGUGGAGCUUUGAAAUUAGCAAGGCCUUACUUUCCUUCCAAUACUCUGACGUCAUGCCCAGCUGCACCUGCCGGCCCCCCCCCCCCCCC